AUGGCCACUGGACAUGAGGAGGAGGCGACCCAGUCCACUGCUGACGAGCCCGAUGGUCAAACAGGAGAACGUCAAGCACAGGACUUUCCCGGACUGAGGGAGCUUACCGAGUCCGUCAAGAUCCUGCUCCCCCUGGCAGGCGAAGCUGUGUCCUUGGGGCGAAAAGUCCGGGCUCUUACCAAGAGAUUCCGCACAGCAAUGAGACUUGUUCGACCGCUCGUCAUUGCUCCGUUCAUAGAAGAAGAUCUCCGUAUGGGCAUGCUCGGCAUGGCCCUCGAAACUCUCAUCCCCGAAAGCAGGGCUUUCUUCAACAAGUUGAUAGAAUAUCGGCAGAAAGCGAAUCAAGGCAUGGAAAUCUACCUCAGCAUCAGUACAUCUGACCUUGAAGACUUGAUGCGCCAAGACAUAGACGGCACCAUCCUCUUGGCAACCGCUGUCGUCGACGUGUUCGACAGGACUCAUGGGAAGCUUAAGGCAGAUGUUGAUGUCUUCAACGAGCUUUUCGCCGAUGUGCAGUUAUGGGCAGCUUUCCGUCGUGAGCAGAUUCAAACGAGAGCCCGAGAUGCGGCGAGAAUGGCGAUGAACGGUCAGUGA